AAUCACACUUGAUAUUAUUUUUCCUAACGGAUCAUUCACAUAAUGUCGAUAGAAAUUGAAUCUGCUGAUGUGAUUCGUCUAAUACAACAGUAUCUUAAAGAAUCUAAUCUUGUAAAAACGUUGCAAACAUUACAAGAAGAAACAGGUGUGUCGCUUAAUACAGUGGAUAGUGUAGAUGGUUUUGUGGCAGACAUAAAUAAUGGACACUGGGAUACAGUGUUAAAGGCAAUACAGUCAUUAAAAUUACCAGAUAAAAAACUUAUCGAUUUAUAUGAACAGGUUGUUUUAGAAUUAAUUGAGUUAAGAGAACUGGGAGCAGCUAGAUCAUUAUUACGACAAACAGAUCCUAUGAUUAUGAUGAAACAACAAGAACCUGAAAGAUAUAUUCAUUUAGAAAAUUUACUUGCACGCUCGUAUUUUGAUCCUCGUGAAGCAUAUCCUGAUGGCAGUACAAAGGAAAAACGAAGAGCUUAUAUAGCUGCGGCUCUUGCUGGUGAAGUAUCAGUAGUACCUUCAAGCAGAUUACUUGCACUAUUGGGACAAGCAUUGAAAUGGCAACAACAUCAGGGUUUACUUCCACCUGGUACUACAAUAGAUUUAUUUAGAGGAAAAGCAGCUGUACGAGAUCAAGAAGAUGAAAAAUAUCCUACGCAACUUUCUAAACAAAUUAAAUUUGGACAAAAAUCUCAUGUAGAAUGUGCACGUUUUUCACCAGAUGGUCAAUAUUUAGUUACCGGUUCUGUUGAUGGAUUUAUUGAAGUAUGGAAUUUUACAACUGGUAAAAUCAGGAAAGAUUUAAAGUAUCAAGCUCAAGACAAUUUUAUGAUGAUGGAACAAGCAGUUUUGUCAAUGGCUUUUAGUCGUGAUAGUGAAAUGUUAGCUAGUGGUGGACAGGAUGGAAAAAUAAAAGUAUGGAGGGUACAAAGUGGACAGUGCUUAAGGAGAUUUGAAAAGGCACAUUCAAAAGGUGUUACAUGCCUACAAUUUAGUAGAGAUAAUAGUCAGAUUCUAUCUACAUCAUUUGAUACUACUAUAAGGAUACAUGGACUUAAAUCUGGAAAAACAUUAAAAGAAUUUCGAGGACAUACUUCUUUUGUUAACGAAGUAGUCUUUGCACCAGAUGGACAUAGUGUAAUAAGUGCAUCAUCGGAUGGAACUGUAAAGAUAUGGAGUUUAAAAACAACAGAAUGCAUUGGCACAUAUAAAUCUUUAGGUGCUGCAGACUUAACAGUAAAUAGUAUACAUCUCUUGCCUCGAAAUCCAGAACAUUUUGUUGUAUGCAAUCGCUCAAAUACAGUAGUCAUCAUGAAUAUGCAAGGUCAAAUUGUAAGGUCAUUUUCUAGUGGUAAAAGAGAGGGUGGCGACUUCGUGUGUACAGUUGUAAGUCCACGUGGUGAAUUUAUUUAUUGCGUUGGUGAAGAUCUUGUACUUUAUUGUUUCUCUACAUCAUCAGGAAAACUUGAAAGAACUCUCAAUAUACACGAAAAAGACGUAAUAGGAUUGACACAUCAUCCUCAUCAAAACCUUUUAUGCUCUUAUAGUGAAGAUGGGCUUUUAAAAUUGUGGAAACCAUAAGACUGUGAAAAAUACGUAUAACUGGGAACAUUUCUCAAUAGAUUUAACAUUUAUUUUAUAAGACAAUUCUUUUAUAUAAUAAGUCGUUUUGUUAAUUCUUAUCGCUCUUAAUAAUAGAGUAUAAGUAUUUUCGAAAUAUAGAAACAUCAUUUUUAUUAUAUGAAAUUUGUGGUACAAUGCCUAGAUAGCACAUGACAUUGGUAUCCCAUUUACCGUAAUUUGUAUCCUACCGACCGAAACCAGU